GACUGUCCUCACGACCUGAGGUCAGUGCCCUGCUGCAACCACCCCUCUCCCCAGUCGCUCUGUUACCCAACUGUAGCUUGCCCAACAUGCCGCUCAUGCCCAUGGGCCCGUCCUCAGUGGAUUGGGGCCUGGGGUCAUCCUUUCACUUUUGUCCCUCCUUCCCCCACAUUAGGGCUUCCCUAAUGUGGCUCAGCGGUAAAGAAUUCACCUGCAAUGCAGGAAAUGUGGGUUCGAUCCCCGGGUUGGGGAGAUCACCUGGAGAAGGAAAUGGCAACCCACUUCAGUUUUCUUGCCUGGAGAAUUCCAUGGACAGAGGAGCCUGGUGGGCUAUAGUCCAGGGGGUCACAAAGUCAGACAUGACUUAGUGAAUAAACACUCCUCCCCCACAUCAGGUCAUGUGAGGAGCCAAGGCCAGGCUCUCCAAGGCUCUCUCUCCAUCUUUCAACAGUCCUGAGUACCAUGACCUCCCAACAGCCCAACUCUGGCCUUAUUUACACUCACAGGUAAGAGUCCUGUCUCCUCUCCCUCGCAUCCCCACCCUCUUCCCCAGAGGACUGGGCCUCAGAAGCCCCAACAGUCUUGACCUCCCUGCUGGAGACACUGGUGCUCCUAGGGAGGAGCUUCUCUGCGUCUUGCAGCCCAGAAGCUCCUGGGCAGGCGGUGGGGGAGGGACUGAGAAGAUGUGAGCUGGAGCCCUGGAGAAGAGGAGUUGACUUUUAGUCUCUGACAUCUAAAUUGGAAAUGUAUGGUUUUUACACACACACAACACACUUGAGAUUGCAGCCAUGUUCCUGACGAUUCUUCCAAACCUCAUUCCAUCUCUUGGCCUCCCUGGCUCUGUCUCCAGCACCCCAUCCUCCUGAUCCCAGACACUCAGGUCUGGUCCUUCAUACCUGCUCUGUGGAUCACCAGCCCUGGUCUCUCUGCCCCUGAGGCCACAUGUGUGACCCUGACUUCUGUAGCUUUGUUGUUGCUCCAGCCAGUGCUGGAUGUACCCACUCCUCCCUGGAAAGCACCCUCUCUUCCCUGUAGGGCCAGUGCUCCAGCUUGUGUUCCAAGCUUGUCUGAGAGGUUCCUGUGGAGGCCGGGAUGUGUAGCUCCCACAGUGGGGCUCACGUGGGGCCAGACACAGCCGAACUGAGCUGGGGAGCUCCAAAAGGGGUGGCUUCCAGAAAACAGGGCUCUUCAGGGCUUCUUGGGAGCCAGGCAGGGGGAGACUAGACUUCCUGAUGAGCUUAGAUCUCUAGCUCUGGCCAAGGAGCUGGGAUGACAGAAGUGAGAAGGAUUCAUGGGGAUAAGGGGCGGGUGUUGGGUGGAGGGAGUGGGGAGCCUGAGAAAGGCCAAGAUGUAGAUGGGCUGGUGUGAGUCUGAAAUGGUCCACUUGAUCCAACUUUGGGUCCCCAGUGCCUCAGACAGUUGUCCCCUUGAAUAUAGUGUGACUGAAGGAAGAAGCAGGACUUUUCUGUUCACAUAGAAGGGCAGAGUCUUGGGAUGGAAGAAUUCGUGUGUGAGAGACUUUCGUUAGUUCAUGGCCCUGUGCUUGGAGGGUGAGGCUGAGGAUGGUUGAAGACCCCAGGCUGAUACCACCUGAAGAGCAGGGGGCCUGGGAGUGAGUGAGAAGGUUCCCGGCUGCGGUGAGCUCCAGCUUAGCAGAAGGCGCGGCGUGCAGGGACCUUCGGGACUAGGUGCAGACUGCUGUGGAGUACAUGUGUCUGCUGGUGGCCAGAGCCUGCUCUAGAUCCCCUGCUUAAAUAAAAGUGAAAGUAAAAUAGAAGGGGGAGGCAGUGCUUUCCCAGAAGGAUUUCACUAUCUAUCCUGCCCUUCCCAGAACAGCUCUGGCAGCGGAGAGAAUUUUUCCUCCCUUUGUGACUAGGUAAGUCCCUGGUCCUCUUUGGGCCUCAGUUUCCAUCCUGUAAUGAAGCAUUUGAUUGCACUAGUGACGAGUAUAAUGUUGAUGGUAGGAAGAACUAGGGUGGGGAUCCGCCGGCUUUGUUUCUAGGGGCUGGAAGAGCCUGUGCUUGAUGCCGGUCCUCCAGGAGUUGUCAGUUGGGACAGGUGGACGGGGCAGAGUGGACAGUGCCUGGCAGCCCCCUGAAAACUCAGACGUAGGAAGGGGCUGUGGAGCCCACAGGAAGGCCGUACUACUUGUGCCUGGAAUCUGUAGGAGAAGCCGUUUGUCACGGUUGCCUCCCCCGCCUCCCUAGAGAGGAAGUUGUCACAGAUAAAUAGAGCAAGGCACGGCAGCUCCUGACACAGUUCAUCAUGACCAUGAGACACAACUGGAUUCCAGACCCUAGCCCUCUUCGGGCCCUGCUCCUCUGUGCCCACGUCAUCUCCCACCUGGCCGGAGCCACACCUGUGCCUCAGGCCACCACAGCUGCCUCACCUGGGAUGGCAAAGGAUCUCUGCUCCUCGCGGCCCCCAGCACUCCCAGCAGCUAAGCAGUGCCCAGCGUUGACAGUGACCUGGCCAGCAGUGGAAGUCUCACUGAAUGGAACGCUGACAUUGUCCUGUACCGCCUGCAGCCGCUUCCCCCACUUCAGCAUCCUCUACUGGCUGGGCAACGGCUCCUUCAUCGAGCACCUCCCAGGCCGGCUGCGGGAGGGCAGCACCAGGCGAGAGUACAGGGGCAAGUGGACCCAGCUGUGGAGGCCGUUGGUGCUGGAGGAGCUGAGCCCUGCCCUGCGAGAUACCAACUUCUCCUGUGUUCUCAUGGAUCCUGGGCAGACUGUCCAGCGUCACCUUGUCCUGGCCCAGCUCUGGGCUGGGCCGAAGACAUGUGUGCCCCCUGCCACAGGAAGCCCCUCCCUCCAGCCAGGCCCCUCUGCCGUACCAUCCCGACAGUGAACCCAAGCUCCACCGCCACCUGGUUGAAACACCACUUCUUUAUUGAGGUCCAGGCCACAGUCUGUAUCGAUUUAAUGUAUUUGUUUCCUCUGUGGGCUCCUGGGAUACGGACAGAGGCUGCUGCUGACCCACAGCUGUAUCUCUGUCACCCCAGCAAGGCCAAGGGGGGGCAUUCAUAAACCAUCUUCAAUGGCA